AUGGACGAGCUUCUGUUCACCGGGCUCGCGGAGAUGACCCCGGAAGAUCGAGCGCCUCUGGUGGCGCACGUCAUGGAUCAGAGCAAUUGGGCGACGGUCAGAGGUAAGAAGCUCGGAGCCGAGCCGGGCGCGGGGCCCACGGCGAAGAAGGGGGGGAAGAAGGGCGCGAAGGGCGCGAAGGCGGGAGAUUCGAAAGUCGAGGACGACGAACCCGAACCAGAAGAACCCGCGGCGGGAAGGAAACGGAAGGCGGCGAACUCGACGUCGACCGCGGAGGGCGCGGGCGCGAUCGUCGUUUUCCCGGGGAAGCCGGUCGGGAAGGCGCCGCCGGCGGCGGCGGCGCGCGCGACGAAGCGAUCGAAGCCGAUCCCGGUCCCGAAGCCGACCGCGGUCCCGAAGGCGGAGCCGAAGGCGGCGGAGCCGAAGGCGAUCGACCUCACGGGCGCCUCCACGGACGAGGACGACGCCGCGGCGGCGAACCCGCAACCGCCGAAGCGGCCGCGCGGCCGGCCGAAGAAACAGCCGCGCGCGCCCGCGCCGACGUCCCCCGCGGGCGGCUACGCCUCGGGCAACGCCGUCGUCGCUGUGCCCGCGAAGGGUCCGAAGAAGAGCGCCGCCGCCGCCGCGAUCGUCCGAAGAGCGGACGGCGGCGUCGCGCCGCAUCUCCAGCUGGCGGGAAAGACGAUCGUCCUCACCGGAGUCUUCCCCGAGCUCGGCGGCGGCUGCGGGCUCAAUCUCGGGAAAGACAAAGCGCGAAGGUUGUGCGAGCAGUUUGGGGGACGCGUCACGACCGCGGUCAGCGGGCGGACGGAUCUCCUGCUCGUCGGGAGCGAACCGGGCGCGUCGAAGGUCGCGAAGGCGCGGUCGACGCCGGGGUGCAUGCUCAUGAACAUCGACCAGCUCAGAGAGCAGCUGACGGCGGGGAACGCGUUGCCAGACAAGGGCACCGCGGCGGCGGCGGCGUUGACCUCGGGCGUCGUCAUCAACGCUUUCAGCGGCGGGUACGUGGGGAAAAACGGCGGGAACGGGCUCGCGUAUGACAUGUCGGACGCGCAGCUGCGUUAUCUCGCGACGGGGGGGGACGGCGGCGGCGGGCCCGGGCUGUUGAGGUGA